AUGUCUUUAGAGAGAAAGAAAAGCGAAUUGAAUUCACGAGAAAAUGUUAGUGGAAGUAAUGAUUGCUUGCUUCAGAAACGAUCUUCUAAACAUCGUGAUUCUGGUGCAAAAAAAGGUGAUCAAAUGGUCCCAAGAAUGUUCAGUGGAGAAGAAAUAGAAAUGCUUCGUUCGGAAUUAGAAAAUGAAACAAAAAAUCGCAAUGAAGCUCAACGAAAAUAUUCAGAGCUUCAUCAUAAAAUGGAAACUUUUAUGCAGCAAGCAGAUGAAGCUAAGAAAAAUCCAGAAUCAAAGUAUGACAAUUUGAUUUAUAAACAGAACUGUGUUAAUGACACCGUGGCAUCACAAAAUGAAAUUUUGAAGGAAAUUAAGAGAUUUGAGCGCAUGCAGAUUGAUCUUAAAAGUAACUUAGACCGGUUGCAGUACAAAAUUGAUCACGAAGCUAAGGAAUACUACAAUUUAGCUGAUCAGUUCCAAAAGUUGCAGAUUGAAUUAUAUCAUCUCCAAAACUUAAACGAUAAGCAUUCAACAAAACCAGUGUGGUAAACCUUUUACAAUACAAUGUAAAGAUUGUAAUUGCAGACAAACGUAAAUGUAGAAAAAUCAAUGAAUCAAAUAGUGAAG